AUGCAUUUGGAUGUCUAUGGCGUUCUUUAUGCUCCGGAACUGUGGCUGCUCGGGCAGCUGACAGGGCGUUUGAAACUUCGGGAUGUGGCCAAACUCAUGUAUAGGACAGCCGGGCAGCUCAUGGACUCUGCCGGAGGCCAUGGGGAGCAAGUCCAGCAGACACGAUUUGCAAUGAGGGGCAAGAAUCUUUCCAACCCUGAUUCAUUCAGAGGAGGAUACCAGGACGGCUACUCUCCAUUUUGGGUGACGGCUCACUUCCUCACAGCUGCUGCGAAGUUUCAACAAAUGGGAGUCUGGCAUUGCUUAACCAGAUGCUGA